GGCGAGGACCGGAAUGAUACUAGAUACCACUCCGAGCUGAAGUCAAGUUAUUGUAUGGACUGAAUAGCACUAGCAUACCGGAAUUUUCUCGUCAAGGGCCACUGGAAGUGACAGCUGAUACACAGCUCCAAGUUGACAUCGGGGGCGGCACCUUAUCGCACUACCAAGGUCAUACACCAGUAUUGGAUCUAUACAGCACAUUGUCAAGGCAAGUUUCCUAUAAAUACGCGUAAUUCAAGAAGAGAACAAGGGCGGCCAAGCUAUAAAACGUUGACCUUCCUCGUCCUGUAGCUACAAACUAAUUGAAGCCACUCACCUUAACCGCAAUAACUCACGCAUUCCCUCUGAAUCGCGGAUAAUACUACCCUAAAAUGGCGACAAAAAGCGUUGGUAUCGCGUUCAAUACCUUGAGACUUGCUACGCGUCAUGCCUCCAAGUCCAAGUUCGAGUCCGGCUAUUUUCGCUCACACUUUCCGCGACGUAACAUCACUACAUCUGCGAUGGCGGAACGUAGCUUACCCACUGAAGCGAAAGCCGUUGAAGAGACUCAGGACGUCAAUACAAUGGACAAGUUGUUAAGAGUAGUCAGGGAAAUGGCUAAUCCUGCUUAUCACAACAUUAUGCCUCUGAGAAAGCCAAUGCUAUGGUCUGAAGCCCUGCUGAAUGCUACUUCCUCCCCUGAAACAUCUGAAGGCCCGACACCUGCCAUCCCAGCCUCCUCGGACUCUUUACCUCCACGAAAGAUGCAUGAUUCAUACACCCAAUUUACUCUUCCUUUCGCGUCUUCUCCUGAACUUCUCGAACAGUAUACGAAUGCGUCUGGAGGUUUACGUACUGGCAUGCUCAUGGAACACCUUGACUCAUUAGCUGGAUCUAUCUCAUACUGUACGUAGUUGUAUGCAAGCAACGUCACAGGUCACAGGGGGUCGGUUGCGUUGCCUAAUGUACUAGUCGGUCACCGGUCACAGGGGGCUCGUUGCUAUCAACUUUUCAGUCACACUAGGCUGAGGUC